AUGGGUCUUGCAGGUACAAAAGUUAAACAGAGGUUUGGUCUAGAUCCUAGAAAUACGAACUGGUCUAAUGACACAGCAAGAUUUGGGCACCAAUACUUAUCAAAAAUGGGGUGGGCACCAGGCUCAGGUCUUGGAUUAGUCAAGGAUUCAUUAACUACCCAUUUGAAAAUUCAUAUAAAGACUGAUAAUGCAGGGCUCGGGGCGAAGUUGAAGAAAGCAGACAAGGACAAGACUUUGGAUGAAUGUAGUGGACUUGAUGCAUUUCAAAGAAUCUUGGGAAGAUUGAAUGGUAACGAGGAUAAGGUUAAUAAUGUACUUGACAUGAAACGAAAUGAUAAAAUUUUGAAUGGGAAAUGGGGGAUGAGGUUUGUCAAGGGAGAAGUGUUGCUGAGUACAUGGGAUAAGGAUAAUAAAACGUUGAUUUCGUAUAAGAAUAAGGAGGAGAGUAAGAAACGAGAUUUUGAGGAGAUGGAUGGGAUGGUGGAUGUACAGGAACCACUUGUAAAGAAGCAGAGAAAGGAAAGGGAUGAAUCUGGAACAAAACUGAACACAAGAUCAGAGGAGAAGGACAAAAAGCGUAAGAAGAAGGGGAACUCUGAUAGUGAAGCAAAGCAAAAAAAGAGGGACAAGAAGGAAAAGAAGGAAAAGAAGGAAAAGAAGGAAAAGAGUGAGAAGAAGGAUAUAAAAGAAAAGAAAUGUGGUACCAAUACCGAAGACAAGAAAGAUAGGAAACACAAGGUUAAAAAAAGUAAGUCCUCGAAAUCAAAUAAAGACAAUUCAAAUUUGGCUAACGGCCCAUCUAAACUCAUUCUACGAGUGGAUGGUUCAAAUCCUUCUACACCUAUUCUGGAGUCACCGCUGUCUCGAGGUUCUACUCCAACUCCAAUAGCAUCAAGAUUGUCAGGGAGAGCUAAAUAUAUUAAACAAAAGCGAGCCUCAGUCAUGGAUCCCAAAGCAUUAAAUGAAAUAUUUAUGAUAUCUAAAUAG